AUGGUGUUGACGAAUUAUGUGGAACCUUCCUUAUCCAAAGUUUGUACUGUUGCUUCAAAAUCUCCAAUCGGAAGGGAAUUACAAAACCUCGCUUGUGAGCAAAAUGACGAUUCGGAAAAUACUGUUCCAAUGUCUAUAAUAGAUGGUGUCGAUACCAACUUGAACGCUCGACAAAAUAGCAUUUUGGAGCAUCAAGAAAAUCCGCGAAAAAACGAUCUCAUCGAAACUCCUCGAAAGCGUAAAUUACUCCAAUUGAUUUCCGUACAAAAGAAUUUCAUAAAAAAGCAAAAACUACAAAUUAAAAGGCUUCAAAAGAAAACCAGCCGGUAUCAGAAAAAAAUCACAAAUUUAAAAGAAAUUUUGAAAAGCCUCAAUGAAAAAAAAAACUACAUUAGCGCUGAUCACGUAACGCAGUUAGAAAACAGUGGCGGGGACAAACUGGCGACAACAGGUUCCGAUACAUUUUAA